UGGACACAUUACUACUCCUGCAGCUCCACGCGCGCGCACGCUCAACGAGCUUUUUGAAGCGCUUUUAAAGGCUUUCCCUGUCCGGAGCCCGAUGCUGUCAGCUGUUCUUUCUGGGAAACUUUUGGUAAACUUGCAGAGUAUGAACUCUGCAUAGCCUCGGUUCCUGCUCUUAUCUGCCCCCCCCUCCCUCUGUCUUUCUCCCCGGUCCCGCGCGCUCUCCGAGCCUUUGUGCAGAAGUAUGGUAGAUAAAGGUCCCUUGUUGACUUCUGCCAUCAUUUUUUACCUGUCCAUCGGGGCAGCCAUUUUUCAGGUGCUAGAGGAGCCCAACUGGAACCAGGCUGUAAAGCAGUACAAUGCCCAGAAGGACAAAAUACUGGAGAAAUUUCCGUGCUUGUCCGGGGGGGAUUUGGACAGAAUAUUGGAGGUGGUGUCAGAUGCUGCAGGCCAAGGGGUCACAAUAACAGGCAAUAAGACUUUCAAUAACUGGAACUGGCCAAAUGCCGUUAUCUUUGCCGCUACAGUUAUCACCACCAUCGGCUAUGGGAACAUUUCUCCGAAAACAUCAGCAGGACGUGUGUUUUGCAUCUUCUAUGGCCUGUUUGGUGUGCCUUUGUGUCUUACCUGGAUCAGUGAACUGGGGAAGUUUUUUGGCGGUAGAGCCAAGCACCUGGGCCUAUUUUUAACCAAAAAAGGCCUAUCACUGAGGAAAUCUCAGUUUACCUGCACGGCUAUCUUUCUUCUUUGGGGUGUCCUGAUCCAUUUAGUCCUCCCGCCUUUAGUCUUCAUGUCUCAGGAGGGUUGGACUUACAUUGAUGGCUUGUACUUCUCAUUUGUUACCUUGACCACAAUUGGAUUUGGAGACAUGGUGGCAGGUGUGGAUCCAAACAAACAAUAUCCACCUCUGUAUCGUUACUUUGUGGAGGUUUGGAUUUAUCUAGGCUUGGCCUGGCUUUCUUUGUUCUUUAACUGGAAAGUUCGGAUGGUGAUUGAAGCCCACAAAGCCCUGAAGAAACGCCGCAAGCUGCGCAAGCUAUCUCUCGAAGAGCUCCGCCACUACAAAGAGUCUAACAAAGUUUCCCCUACUUCGCCUCCCACUCUGAAUGAUGUCAACAUUUUCAGCUUCUUGUCAAAGAGGAAGGAAGGCUACAAUGACCUGAUUAAACAGAUUGGCAACAAAAAAGAUGGCAGCAAAACGGUCAGUAAAUCUAAAGAGAUGGGUCGCUCGAAGAGUUGCAACGAUGCUCCCAUGUUUAACGGCCAUACCAUCCUCAGCCUGGACCGCUCGCCACGUCAAAAGAGGCGCUAUAGCUUUAGUGACCGCGUCACUGUUGCGUUUUCUAAGUCUAAGAACUACCUCCUGGGCUCAGACAAUGGUUUACUGCUAAAAGAAGACCAGGUGGAGGGUGACCUAGAACUAAACCAUGAUCAAAUGUUUGAGAACCAGCUUGACAAGGAUGUGAAUCUGGAGAACGGAGGAGAGAGAGAAUGUGUAUCAGGUGGUCACAGGGCGUGGGACUCCAAGGAGUACCAUUCUCUAACGUUCCAAAAUGCCAACAUCACCUUUAUCGACGAGGAGAACUUCCUCAGCAAUAACUCUGAGGAGCUGGAGGAGGACGAGGAGGACGACGACGAUUCUAAAGCAAAACUCUCCAUCACCACGUGCGACGAAAACAUUGAGACGAACUCCAAGGAGGAGCAAAGCGCCGAGUCCGAAGGAUCUGUCUUCACAAGUGACGGUUCAGAACACAGCCACUCGUACGAGAAACUGGUAGAGGAAUAUGCAAAGGAGGAAAACACAGACUCCUGACACGUGAAGGCAACACACGUGAAGGCAACACACGUGAAGGCAACACACGUGAAGCAUUGUAAUGUGAAGCGUUUGAGAGGAAAGUUGCAUUGCACUUUGAAGGGGUCUGAUCAUGAGAAGUCAAGAUCAAAUUUCAAAUCAAACUCUUGAGCACGUGUUCUUUGUCUUGCUGAAUCUGAACUGCAAAGUACGUGACACAUAACCCCAGGAGUAUUUAACGACUGAUCUGUUUCUUUGUUUUAUACGGUUUGAAAAACUAUAAGCAACAUUUUAUUGUCAUGUCCAAAGAAGCAAGUAUUUCUUUGUUUUGUUUUUUUCUACUUUCACAUGGGAUUUCUUCUGAUUUCCUGUAUUUUCGUGUAUUUAUAAUCACCAUAUUGGUGUUUUUUGUUUUGUUUUUUAAUAUAUUUAUUCAAAUGAAGGAAAGGGUAGCUUUUAUUCAGUGGCUACGUGGGUUUAUGUUUCCCGUUGCACAAUUCCACCAAGUGAGGAUAGACCAAAGUUCAUCCCAGUGCACAUUGUUCUUUAUAUAAUCUGAGCCAAGCAUGUCUUAAAGAAAUGAAGGGCCAAAUCUUAUUGCUGUGUCUGAGAUUUCAAUUUAUUUUGACUGUAAGAAACAGAGUUGUGACUGUACUCUAUGCUACACACGCGUCCUAGAACAAACGUCUUUGUGAACAGACUCCAAACUUGUGAAGUUGUGGGGCGGUGUUGUGGUUUUGUGCACAUCUGUUCGAAGCCUCCUUAGGCAUUUGCUUCCUAAAGUUGAUAUUUUGACUUGGGAUGGCGCUGCCUGACUGGAACAAGCCUUUAACAGUAAAAACAUUCCUCCUUACCACUCUUACUCGAUUUUUAUUUGCCAUGUAAAUAUUGGCUGAAGGCCUGUCAGUAGCCUCAAACAUGGCUCGGGCUCAGGACGCGGCCUUGCUACUCAUGUUUGCCUUCGGGGGGCUCGCACUGCCGUCAGUGAUUGAAGUGCCACUUGUGAAAGGGAGCCAAGGUUAACUUGGAGCAGAUCGAUCCUCUUUGACGCAUGUUUCAGUCGUGCCUGCACAGGCCUGUAACUUGUUGAUGUCUGAUGCGUCUCAGCCUUAAUUAUUUCUGCCUUUUUUGCACGUGAACUGGCACACAAACUUGAAACAGUAUUACUCCGAAUGGUAAAAUGGCAGAGAUCCAGUGCCACAAAGGGCUACUUUAAAUCUAAAGCCAACUAAAUUUAGUAAAGUUCAUUAAAAACGCAUAAAAUACACAUUAAAACAUUUUUGGUUUUGGUUUUUUUUCCUCAUGUAAACAUGCAAACUGCCUUGCAGGUGACCGCCAUCACCUGAAAUGGCUUUAAAUCCACUGUGAAGCAGAGGAUGAACAACACUGUAACAUCUGUUGAAUGUGACUCACUGAAAAGUUCUUUCACACCGGGUGAAAGAAGAUGAGGAAAUAAGUUCUGCUUCCUCUCUUGUGUUUCAUCAGAGCCACUUUUUUUUUUCACGUUUUCCAAGGUGUGUGUGUGUGUGUGUGUGUGUGUGUGUGUGUGUGUGUGUGUGUGUGUGUGUGUGUGUGUGUGUGUGUGUGUGUGUGUGUGUGUGUGUGUGUGUGUGUGUGUGUGUGUGUGUGUAGACUGAAUUUCUAGCAAAAAAUGAUUACUUAAGAACAGGUUAGGUAGAUUUAGGGCCAUUGUUCAUUGUUUCCUUCCUAAUGUUGCUCCGUGGUGUAAUAAAACUCCAUUAUACUCGUCUGUAAGUUUCUUUCUGUUAUGAUUAAGUUAUUCAUGUUUUUGUGUAAAUUUUGUAUAUGAGUUCUGAACAAAACUGUAUAUUUCGUUAAA